UCCUUUAAAAAAAUGAGGAACCCUUUGGUGAUAUUAGUGCUGUGCUUUUGUAGUUUAACAAAUGCUGUGCCACUUGGAUUAAAGAAGAAUAUGGCCAUAGUUCAAGAACAGGAAGAUCCAAUGCUUAUGAUGGCUGAAGAUGAAGAAACAAGGCCAGAAAUGAUGAUAUCAAGGUUGAAUCUUCCAAGUAAUGCGACUUCGAUUAGGGCUGACAUUACUGAUGGAUUCUCCUGCGAUAACAAGACCUACGGUUACUAUGCCGAUGUCGAGAAUGAAUGUCAGAUCUUCCAUGUUUGCUUGCCAGUGACCUAUGCUGAUGGUAAGGAGAAUACCUUCCGAUGGAGUUUCAUCUGUCCCGAGGAAACCGUUUUCAGUCAGGAAUACUUCACUUGCAUGCGAUCUGAAGAUAUGUCUAUCAAUUGUGAAGAAUCUUUCAAAUAUUACGAGUUGAAUAGGAAUUUUGGAAUGAUUGAGCCCGAAGAGACACCUGCUGAUGAAGCCGAUGAAGAUAUGAAUAUGGAAGAAAUGUCAAGACAACCAUCAACAAUUCAAGGCGAAGAAGAACCAAAUAAACAAUCGAUUGAAACUGCUCCAAUUAAGAAACAGACUAAUAAAGCUCAAAAUUCAAAUCGUAGAAAGACUCAAGCUAACCGGGUUUCCAUUGAAGCUCAACGUAAAAAGAUUCAACCUGUUAGAAGGUUACCCAAGCCUGCUGUUGUUGCUACUACCGCUAAACCAAUUGUUGAAGAAUCUCCAAUCUUAGAACAAGAAGUCGAAAGGACAACACUUAAAUACCAGAGACUGACGAAACGACCAAUUGCUGUAAUUCCAGAACAACCAAAGCCUGAAGAACCAAAGCCUGAAAAAGAAGUUCUUCGUCAAGAACUUUUCGCUCAAAAAAGAAAACGUCCACAAAUCUAUUUCCCAUCAAGAUUUGAUGUCGCUCAACAAACCGAUUCUGAACCAAAUCCUUUGCCAUUUUUAAAGACUGACAUGCCAAAACAGCCUGAACUUGUUGUACAGAAUCAAGCUGAAUCACAAGCACAGGCUUCAGAAAUCGCUGAAGUUAGCAUAAAGCCACAAAUUGAGAAGAUUGAUAAUUUGCCAGUUUUGGAAAAGGAACCAGUUCAAGUGAAAGAAGAAGAAAUCAAGCCAAUAGUUGAACUUAAGUCUGAAAUUGCACCACUGCCAGAAAAUAUACCAAGUCGAGUUGAAGUUGUUGAAAUUCCAAUUCAAAAAGUCGAUGAACCUUUAAUGGCUGAGGGAGAAGCUGUUUUGGCUCAAGCCCCAGCUCCAGAAGAACCAAAACCAGUCGUUUCUGUGAUUGAACCAAUUAAAGGUGAAGAAGUUGAAAUUCCAGCUGAAGACAUUCUUCUAAAGAAGAUUGUUGCUCAAAUUGAAAAAGUUGCUGAACCCAUGAAACCAGUAGAGGAAGAGAAAAUGCCCAAUGAUCAGAUUUUAGAACCAGAAUUAGUUACUUUGGAUGAACCUAAACAGUCGUUGGAAGCUUUGAAGUCAGCUGAACUUCCAAAACCCUUAGAACCAGUUAAAACCGAAGAGACAAUUAUGGAAUCUAAAAUCCCAGAGUCAGAAGUAAUUCCACAAGUUAAGCUUGAAGAAUCUUUGGCUGAAGAGAAGCCCGAAAACUUACCAAAAGUGGAAAUUCCUGUUGUAGAGGAAAAGCUAGAAUCUGAGGUCUUACCAAAAGUUGAAUUAUCAGCUGAGAAACCAGUUUUAGUUGAAGUUCCUGCUCCAGAAAAGCUAGAAGAAUCACAAAUGGCUUUGAAAAUCAAUGUUGCAGCUCCUGAAGUUCCCGAGCUUGAAGCAGAAAAGCCAAAAGAUUUACCAGAAGAUUCAAAACCUCAAGUCGUUGAAACUGAAGUCGUAGCAGCACAACCUGAGAAGACUUUAAUAGUUGAAAAUGUUGAAACACCAGUCCCUGAGCCAGAGGUUCUUCUGAAGUUGGAAGUUCCUGAAGUCAAACCUGAAGAACCUUUAGCGGUUGAAUCUUCUGUACCAGCAAUUGAAAAGAAUUUGUACGAAAAAAUGCCUUCAGUUGAAGAAGCUCCUGCUCCAGAAUUGAAUAUGCAAAUGGAUCUCGAAGCACCCACUCUAGAAUCAAUGGAAAAGCUAGAAAAACAGUCAGAAGUUGAAGAACCUUUACAAAACGAAAAGAUUGUCAAAAUUAUGGAAACAAUUCCUGACGCUAAAAUUGAACUUCCAAUUGAACCAGUUUCAAAACCAUUAGAAAGUCUUAUCGAACCUGUUAAAGAAGAAAUUUCUGAGUCAGAAUUAUUAUCAGCUGAAGUACAAGCUGAAAAAGCAAGUGAACUUUCAGCUGAUGAACAAAUGCGCGAGACAGAAGCAAAUGCUGAAAAAGAAAUUGUACAAUCUGCCAAUGAUAACGAAGAAGCUCAAUCUUUAAUACUGGACUUUAUUUCAAGCCUUGUUAAUUCAGAAAAUUCGAACUUUGAAGAUCAAAGUGUUAUUGGUAACGAAAUGUCAUCAGAUAGUUUGCCGGAAGCUUCUAUUCCUGAACAAGUUAUUGCCGAAGCUGAACCAGUAAAGAUCCAGACUGAGGACAGUCAAAUCAAUCCACUUUAUAUUCCAGUGAUGCCAAAUAAUGACCAAAUGUAUCAGAUUCCUGUUCAGGUAAUUGAAACUCCUGAACCAGAGCCAAUUGUACCAGUUCCUGAACCAAAACUUCCACUAACUGUUGAUGAUGUAGUUGAGCUUGUUAAAGAAUCUCUAGAUAAUCCAACAGUUGAAAAGGAAAAUAUUGUCCAAGAGCAAUCAUCGAAUGAUGAUGAUGGAAGUUCACAGCCAGAAUCAGAAGAAGUCAAGCCAAUCUAUCACAGAUAUAUUGAGCUUGGAUCAAAUUUGCUGAAAUCUGAAGCUUUGACAGCUUCCGAUGAUGAACCUGUCAUUACUCCAACAGAAAAUGAAAAAUCUGUAGCAGAAAAGGAAGAAAUUUCUCCAGAAUUGCCAAAAGCUAUCACAGAGGAAAAACUUCCUGAACCCGAACAGCUUGCCGCUAAAACAGAUUCUCUUCCGGAAGUCCCUGCCAUACAAACUGAAAAAGUUGCGACUGAAGUAAAACUUGACUCUCAAUUACCGAUUGAAAGUUUGAAAGAAGGACGAAGUUUGAACCGUUUUAGAAUGGAUCCAAGAAAGCGAAGGUUCCUUUUCAGGUCCGAUGCUAGAUAGACUGAUUCUAGAGAUUAAAACAAAAAAAAACAACUAAAAGAAUAAAAUACAACAAAAACAAAAAAAAAAAAAACACUCACAAAGAAUCAACACAUUUACACACAAACAAAUAAAAACAUCAUUACCCAGCGAAGCCAUUAAUUCGCCUAAAAAAUUAAAGGCGAAUUCAAUAAUACAUUACUUAAAAAUAUUUAAAGAAGAAAAAAAAAAACAAAAAAACUUUUAUAAUUAAGUUAAAGAAUCUGAAAAAUUUUCUUUGCUUUAUUUUGUCGCCCAUGUUUUGUUGAACGAAAAUAAUGGAGAAAAAGAAAAUAUUGGAAAUACCGAAAAUAGAAAAAAAAUAAUAUCAUUUUAU